AUGAUGAUCAAGGGCUUCACCACCGCCACCGUCAUGGCCUUUGUGGCGCUCGCGCAGAGCACCAUGACCAUCAACACUCCCGCGUCCAUCAUCGUGUGCCAGCCCGCGGCUGUCACCUGGACCGGCGGCACGGCGCCGUACUUUGUCUCGGUCAUCCCCGCUGGCCAGGUCGCCGCCACGCCCAUCGAGUACCUCGUCGACGGCGCCUCGGAGACGUCGUACACGUGGAACGUCAACCUCGCCGCCAACACGAACAUUACCCUCGCGCUGCGCGACUCGACCGGUGCCGUCGUCUACUCUGCCCCCCUGGUCAUCCAGGCCGGCGCGAACACCGACUGCCUCAACGCGACCGCCACCGGUAACGAGACCGGCGGCGCGGCCGCCGGCACUGCCACGGGCACGGGCGGCAGCGGCUCGGCGACCGAGAACACGGCCGGCAGCGCGUCCCCGACCACGGGCGGCAGCAACACGGCUGCAGGCGGCUCGUCGGGCAGCGCCACGGGAGCGGGCUCGAGCGCGACCUCGGCGGCGGCGGGCGAGACCAGCAAGGCCGCGGGCGCCAUGGGCCUCUCGGCGCCCGCGGGCCUCGUCGCCGUCCUCGCCGCCGGCGCCGGUCGCUGCCGUCCUCUAAACCCUCCCUCUGCCAACACCUCUGGGUCUAGACGGUAA